UCUUAGUUACUAUAAUCCAACAAAUUGAAUUAAUGGAGGGAGAUAGAAAUAAUAAUGCAGAGGUAAGAUACAGAGGAAUUCGUAGAAGACCAUGGGGUAAAUUUGCAGCUGAAAUUCGUGAUCCAACAAGAAAAGGCACUCGUAUUUGGCUUGGAACAUUUGAUACAGCUGAACAAGCUGCUCGUGCUUAUGAUGCUGCUGCUUUUCAUUUUCGUGGUCAUAAAGCUAUUCUUAAUUUUCCAAAUGAUUUUGCUCAUUCUAGUACUAAUUAUAAUGUUUCAAAUACUACUUCAACAUCAAAUAAUACAUUAAUGUCAAAUUCUUCUUCUCUAAUUUCCCAUCAACAACAAGAAGGUCAAGGUGAUGAUACUUUUGAUGAAUUGACUUGCUUGGAUAACAAGUUGUUGGAAGAACUCCUUGAUGAGGUGCAAGAUGAUGGUAUAGGUAGCUCUAGAAAUUGAAUAGCAAGAAUUGAUUAGCUAGCUAUGAUGUACAUGCAUGCAAAAGAGAGUAACCUAGCUUUAUUUUGCAUGAAAUAUUUGUGGUUAAUUUCUCUCUUGCAAA